UGGCUGUCCUUAUUAUAAAUAAAUAAAUAAAUAAAUAAAUAAAUAAAUAAAUAAAUAAAUAAAUAAAUAAUCACUCUAUAUUCCAUCAAUAGCAGCAGUCUCACAGACUGUCAAACAGAAAGACAGAGAAAACAAAAUCAUACAGGAAAUUAGUAUAAGGACAGUUUUCUUUUGUCAUACUGUACACACACCAUGUCUUCUGACUCUGAACAUGUAAUCAUUAACACAAAUGUUUGUAUUUAUAAGCAUGAACAAAAUUGUUAUAAAACUAUACAAGGCACCACAAAUUACCUACAUUUAGUACAGUACUUUGUUGCAAAGCUGUUGUUGGCAGUUAGAGCUUGGAGACUACAGUAAGAAUUAAUUAGCUUUUUGCAGCAUUUUGGUGCAAUUAUGCUCGUUCCUCUUGGCAAAUUGUCUUCAGUUUCCCAAGCAUACAAGGAUCUCUCUAAUGGACUUGCAAUUUCAAAAUAAAUAAAUUUAAAUGCCUUUUGGUGUUUCCUUCAGUGUCAGAAUCAGCCCCAUGUUAUGAAGCCAGUGCCUCUGUACUUCACUAUAUACACAAUGUUCUUCAGAUCACAUCUAAUGCUUUUAGAGACACUCCACUUUGCCAUCUUGUUUUAAAGACUUAUCGGGAAGGGCAGGCGAUGUUUGUGGUGCAGUUUAUUGUUUUUGUUGUGCUUAUUGUGUAACUGUUGUUCCUGCUGCUUUCCUUUCACACUGAUACUCUUUUUAAGUGACCUUCAUGAUAAUUAAUCUGUGAUUGACACACCUGUCCAGAGACGAUUAGUAGAGGUUAGAUAAACUUUCCAUCUGCAUUUGUGAACUUCCAUCUGGGAUUAUUAAAAUGAUCGAUCUAUCUCUAUAAUUGAACCAGUUGUACUGAAAGAGAUGUUUAAGGUCUAUGGUAUUACUCAAUUGCUGUUUAAUAAUGUUGUCCCUGAGAACUAGAAAGCUCAUCCAUCUCCCUCAUAAUUAAUAUUUGCUGUAUUAAAUCUUCCCAAGCAAUGCCAUUAUCUUUUAUAAUUAUACAAGGUUCAAUUUUCUGCAUUUAUGUUGAGAAUGUAAUUUAUUUUUCUUUCUAUCUAUCUAUCUAUCUAUCUAUCUAUCUAUCUAUCUAUCUAUCUAUCUAUCUAUCUAUCUAUCUAUCUAUCUAUCUAUCUAUCUAUCUAUCUAUCUAUCUAUCUAUCUAUCUAUCUAUCUAUCUAUCUAUCUAUCUAUCUAUCUAUCAGGAGUGUCCCAAAAGGUUUGAAUCUCGACAGCAUUGCAAUGACCACCUUUGCUAGGUGAGAAGAUUUGAACCUGUCAAUGCUCAGCAAGCUGUACUUGGUGAUCAUUUAUUUAAUCUGCACACAUCACCAUGUGAAAAGCAGAUGAGGCUCAUAUUCUUCUCGCACACUGUUAUUAAUCAAAAUAACACUUUGUUCAGCAUUUAUUUUUAUCUAGGAAAUAUUCCAACUAAAAAAAAGACAGCAUUAUAGAGACAUUACUGCAAUUAAGAAAACAAACAGCAUGUGAGGUCAAUGAGAGUAAUUUGUGCACAUUGUACCUAAGUUGGCAAGAUGUGUGUGCUAUUUGGGGAGAAACAUCCAUUAAUUAUCCUUCAAAUGUGUGUUUGUUAAUGGAAUUCAAAACUGGUUAUGAACAAUCAAGCUGAGAUUAGCUUGUGGUUUAUGGGCAUAACCAAUCAAAACAGCAGCUGUUGACCAUAUAUUCUGAUGGAGCCGGAUGACAUUAAUAAUGACAAAAGAGCUAAUUCAAGAGACGAUCAUACUUCACUUAGUAGAGAGUCAAGAAAACAUAAAUGAACCUAAACAAACCCAACUAGGUACACUAAUAUUUAGCAAGAGAAUAGAUACUGGCUUUGUAGUCUGGCCUAAAAGCUAACGCCUCCAGCAUAGAUCACAAUCACAAACUCAAACAUGAUUGCCUUAAUUGCCUAAACUGACAUAACACUCAUUUCUCCAUCACAAUAGUUAUGACCUCUAUUUGUCAAAGAGCAAAGAGCAAUUUUUAAAAAAGUAUAUUAAAUUAAUUUAAAAUCGAUUGAUGGUGUUAUAAAAAUUGGAAAGGUUGUGAGUUCAAAUCCCAGGACCACCUAUUUACCACUGCUGGGCCACUAAAAAAGGCCCUUAACUGCUUAGUUGUAUAAAUGACUUAAAUGUAAGUCACUCUGGAUAAGGGUCACACCAUGAAGGUGUGCAAUUGUUGCAUUCUCCAUGAUGAUAUCGAAGCAUGUAUUACAAUACUGUAAUAUUGGAUUGCAACAGAGGUGAACAAAUCAGUAGCUCAGGUAAUUGGGGCAGGCAAAUUUUUUGCUUUUGUUGUUCAUUGACUUAGACCAACAGGUUCAGCAGUCAGACAAAAAAAAAAAAACCCUACACAUAAAUACCUCACAUACAGUGGUUAAGUCAGUAGAAUGAAUUAACACCUAUGGGUGAAAAUCUCAGAAUUAGGAAUAUACUGUAUAACCAAAAAGAAGCGAAGUCCAAAGUUGCAGUCAUAAAACUGCUUGAGCUUGCUCAUGAGCUUGCUGAUCUGCAGGCACAAACAUGACAACUAGCCUGUCAUGUUUAGCUUGCUAAAUAUUACAUAGAGUUAGCAACCAAUUUUUAGAUGAGAUAAGUACAUUUUCAAGCAAAAAACUACAUGUACAGCAUACAUUUACAGCACAAUAAAACUUACACCUCCCAGUGGGUGAGCUAAUAAAUUUAACAUAUGUCCACUCCUGCACUAUAUUGUGUAAAUGAUAAUCCCCUCUGGCCGAGUCGUCACAGGUGGCCAAUGAAGCCCUUUUGUUUUUAAUAUCUCUGCUAAAAAAAUUGGAAAAAUAACAAGAUCCCUGAAGCCAUAAUAUUUGGGUUUGAAUGGGAACCUUCAUGUGUCACCUUUGGAAUUUGUGCUUUUAAAUGUCAGAUGAAAAGGAUGAACUGCCAGUGUUUAUCUUACGGAAAAAGCCGGUUCCUUUGUGCUCUCUUACUUUCACUGCAAUUAAUGCAAAUCUGCCUCACCACCUGUCUGUGUAUGUGAGAUCCUGUUUUGACUUCAUGCUUGCAGGGAGACAUUAUGCCUGUCUUCAGAUAGAGUCGUUUUUCUCCCACAUACAUAUAAAUUAAAACAAAUUCCUGAUGUGUCCAUUGAACAUUUUGGCAGGAAAAUUAUUAGCUUCAAGCACCAAAGUACAAACAACUCAGACACAGAAUACAAACAUAGGAUUAUUUAUUCUAUUAUCGGCAUGGUUAAGAAUUUUUUUUCUUCUGUGUUUUAGCUGUAUUGUUGUUCGUACUGCUGUGCAUCUAUCCAUUAAAGGGGCUGUGAUUGUCAUUUAUAAAUUGUUAAAAUAACCAACAAGAGAGUUUAUGCUAAACAAGAUCACAUGAUCAGCCAUUAGGACAUUCUAGUCUCUUCGUAUGGUUUUUGAGCUUUGAAAUUUAAACAAAAAUUCAGAGAUAAAAAUGAGCCACACUAUCUUCUUUCUUUCUAGAGUGACUGAUAUAGGGCUUUGUCACUGAAACAGAUGAAAAUUGUGCAUUGUUGUCAGACAGAAUUAUUAUUAAGUAAAAUGCUGCGGAAGAAAAUAGAUCUUGUAGAAAGCUAGAUCUUCCUAACGUUCGAAAAUACUACAAAAGAUUUGUGUCAUUUCAUAAGAUCAUGUUCUCGUUCUUAUUAUAUGUAUGAAGUGACAGCUGAACAUGAAAAUGAAAGGAUAAAGAAAAUUCUAGCAGUAGCUACAGUAUGCGUCAUGGUUGUGAAAUCACUGUACAGUCCUGUCCACUUUGAGGAACACUUGUACAACUGCACAUGCAUUUAUCUCGGCAACCAAUCAUGUGGUAGCAGCGCAAUGCAAAAAUCUUGCAAGAGCUUGAUGUUCACAUCAACCUUUUUUUUUUUGCUUCUGUGUUGGAGAUGGUGGAGGAUUUUUCCCACCUUACCUCGACUUCUGGAUGUGGGUCUGGCCACGUCUUGGCGACUGUUGUCAUGUGAACUUUUGCUCGGCUGUGGACAUUGCUCGGCCCUUCUGCUCGACUGUGGAUGUCGCUCUGCCCUUCUGCUCGGCUGUGGACGCCGCUUGGCCCUUCUGCUAAGCUGUGGACGCCGCUUGGCCCUUCUGCUCGGCUGUGGACGUCGCUCGGCCCUUUUUCUCAGCUGUGGACAUCGCUCAGCCCUUCUGCUCAUCUGUGGACAUCGCUUGGAUCUUCUGUGGACGUUGCUCGGCUCUUCUGCUCAGCUGUGGACAUUGCUUGGCCCUUCUGUGGACGUCGCUCAGCCCUUCUGCUUGGCUGUGGACGUUGCCCUGCCCUUCUGCUCGGCUGUGGACGUCACUCGGCCCUUCUGUGGAAAUCGCUCGGCACUGCUGCUUGGCUGUGGAAAUUGCUCGGACAUUCUGCUUGGCACGUUAUCCCUGCAUAUAGGGAGAAACCCACAAAGCAUGUGGAGAACAUGCAAACUCCACUGCACGGGACAGAGCCAGGAAUCAAUCCCCCAGCCAGGAGAUGCGAAUUAAACAUGGCAACCACUAAUCCAC